UCGUCUAACAAAAAUUUAGUGUGGUUUAGUCGUUCUUGAUAAUUAGACAAAGUGUCUUGUUGGUUGCAGAGUUUAGUAAAACUAUUUUUAAUUGUUAUAUUGUGAUGGUUUGAUGCACUUUUAGAUGCAAAUCAAUAUUUUGAAUUCAAGUUUAUUUUGUUUCGAUUCAAGCUUGUUAAAGUUUUUUGGUGCAGUUUAAUAACAAUCGGGGAUUUAAUAGCUGUUAUCAGAUUUAAAUCGUCGGUAAACUUGUUCUGGUUAUAUUGUGUGUCGCGUGUCCUUGAAUCUCAAUCUACAAAUUGAAACAAUCAAAACUGCUACUGAAACGGAUUAUUAUAGCUGUCAACCUUUAUUAGUUCUUUUUUAACUACAACAAUUAAAUAGACGAAGGACAAAGAUAUGAUAACUUGCAGUUCAGCUUUAAGUUCUGUUGUACCUUUACACGCAAUGAAAGGCAUUCUCGAGCAAGCUUCGAUACUUUUGGCUAUCUUGGUUUCAGUAGUUUCUGCCCAAACAACAGAAGAUCGAAUUAGAAAGCAUGGAUAUCCCGCUGAAAGGCACACAAUUCAAACAAGCGAUGGCUACAUCUUAACAAUGUUUCGAAUACCACAUCCUCGAAAUUAUAAUGAACGAAAUUCAUCAACACGACCUGUUGCCUUUCUACAACAUGGACUAUUGAGUUCUUCUGAUUGUUGGAUAUUAAAUGGACCUGGUUUGGCGUUAGCGUAUAUGCUUGUCGAAAGUGGAUAUGACGUUUGGCUGGGUAAUAGUCGUGGUAAUACAUAUUCGAAACGUCAUGCGGCGUAUUCUCCAUUUUUUCAAUUAUUUUGGAAUUUUGAUUGGCAUGAGAUUGCUCUUUUCGAUAUGCCAGCAAUGAUUGACUAUGUUCUUUAUACAACUGGGGAAGAGUCAUUGCAUUAUGUGGGACACUCUCAAGGAACAACAGUUCUCUUUGUCAUGACAUCAUUGACUCCUAGUUUCAACUAUAAAAUAAAAUCAGCUCAACUUUUAGCACCAGUAGCUUUUAUGAACAAUAUUAGAGGACCGUUUGUAGAACUUGCCACACCUUUUCUAGGACUUCCCAAUGGUUUGGUGGAACUUUUCGGAAGUCUGGAAUUUCUUCCGAAUAAUUUGAUUGUUAGAACUUUGGGAGAUCAGAUGUGCAGAGAUGACUCUAUUACUCAGCCAAUUUGUUCUAAUGUUAUUUUUUUGAUAUGUGGUUGGAGAAAUAACAGUUUCAAUAAGACCCUUUUGGCAGACAUCAUUCACACCCACCCAGCAGGUGCUUCAGUCAAUCAAGUUAUGCAUUUCUUGCAGGAACAUAUUUCCGGUCAUUUUCGACAGUUCGACUAUGGAUUUCUGAGAAAUUUAAUGGUUUAUGGAAAAUUAACACCACCUGAGUACAAUUUGAAGAAAGUCAAAGUCCCUACAUUUUUAUAUUACGGUGACAACGAUUACUUAUCACAUCCCAUCGAUGUUCAAAGAUUGAUGAGAAGAUUACCAAAUGUCCAAUAUUCAUAUAGAGUACCAGAUCCAAAUUGGAAUCAUUUGGAUCAUUUGUGGGCGAAUAAUGUUAAGGAGAUAAUAUUUGACAGACUGCUUAAUAAUGUAAAUAUAAUGGAAUCGCUGGCGAGAGAAGGUUGAAA